UUUUCAUAUCCCUUCCAAGCUCAUAAAAAAGACUUUUGGAGGGAAAAAAAUCACAUAAAAAAAAGUCUCACUUUCUUUCUCUUUUCUUGAUUAACCUUCUCUUAAUUUAAUAAUCCUAAUUAACAUAUAAUCACCAUCCAUUUGAGCUGAGAAUAAACAAUGAUGAUAUCUAUGUGAUUUGCAUUGCCCCAUAAAAAAAAAAGGAACAUAUUUUUAAGUUGUAUAGUAAACAAAAAUCGCAAAUAAGACGAAACAAGGCACAACAAAGAUUUGCAGGGCCUUUUGUCUUUGGUCUUGUUGGCUAUCUAACAUCGGUCAAGCUUAGUGACAACAAAGCCUGCCAUCAGAAGGUUUCUUUCACAUCUGGGCUUGGUUUUUUGGAGUGUUUCAGCCUGAUACAGUUGGAUCAGUUUAAGGCUAAGAGAUAAAAGACGAGAGUAUAUUUGCAUUGAAGUUUCUUGGAUAGGAUGGUGUCUGGAAGACUUCUUUUGCUUAUUGUUACCACUCUCCACUAUGCAUCAGGUGCAUUUGUAGGAAUAAAUAUUGGAACUGAUGUUUCAAACAUGCCGUCGGCUCCAGAUGUGGUUGCCAUUCUGAAAGCCAAUCAGAUUACUCAUGUGCGCCUCUAUGAUGCUGAUGCCCACAUGUUGAAAGCCCUUGCAGACAGUGGGAUAGAAGUGAUGGUUGGUGUUACAAAUGAGGAAAUCUUAGGAAUUGGGGAAUCUGCAUCAAAAGCAGCAGCGUGGAUUAAUCAAAAUGUUGCAGCUUACUUGCCUUCAACCAACAUUACAGCCAUUGCAGUUGGCAGUGAGGUUCUUACCACAAUCCCUAAUGUUGUCCCUGUUUUGGUUCCUGCCAUGAACUACCUCCACAAAGCCCUUGUUGCUUCAAAUCUAAAUUUUCAAGUCAAAGUUUCAACCCCUCAAGCCAUGGAUGUUAUCCCCAGGCCUUUCCCGCCCUCAACUGCCACCUUUAAUUCAUCAUGGGACUCUACAAUUUAUCAGAUUCUUCAGUUCUUGAAAAACACUAACUCAUACUACAUGUUAAAUGCAUAUCCAUAUUUUGGAUACACAUCUGGAAAUGGCAUUUUCCCUCUUGAUUAUGCUCUUUUCCGAUCACUUCCUCCAGUCAAACAGAUUGUUGACCCCAACACUCUUUCUCACUAUGACAGCAUGUUUGAUGCCAUGGUGGAUGCUACCUAUUAUUCUAUAGAUGCUCUGAAUAUGUCUGGAAUCCCAAUUGUAGUUACAGAAACUGGGUGGCCUUGGCUUGGCGGAGCCAAUGAACCUGAUGCCACUGCAGAUAAUGCUGAGACCUUCAAUAAUAAUAUGAUUCGGCGAGUUCAAAAUGAUUCAGGACCACCUAGUCAGCCAAAGUUUCCCAUCAACACAUACAUUUAUGAGAUGUUCAAUGAAGACAAGAGGCCUGGGCCUGUGUCUGAGAAAAACUGGGGCUUGUUUUUCACCAAUGGCAGCUCUGUUUAUACAUUUAGUUUGAGUACUUCCAAUCGAAUUACUGGAAAUAAUUCUGAUUUCUGCGUUGCCAAACCAAAUGCGGAUCCUGGUAAGUUGCAAGUAGGCCUGAACUGGGCUUGUGGGCAAGGAGGGGCCAACUGCAGUGCUAUUCAAGAAGGGCAACCAUGCUAUCUUCCUAAUACUUACCAGAACCAUGCAUCUUAUGCUUACAAUGAUUAUUAUCAAAAAAUGCAUCUGGCUGGUGCAACAUGUGAUUUUGAUGGUACUGCUACAACAACCACAGCUAAUCCCAGUUAUGGAUCCUGUAAAUUUACUGGGAGUUCAAGUACCACUCCGAACUCAACUGGAGGAUUCACACCAUCUGUGGCACCUGGACCUGUGUCUCCUCAAGGAGGGAGCGGGACUACGAACCUGCAAGUUUUGAGAAUUCAAUUUGGAAUAUCAUCAAUGUUUCUAGCUCUAGUCUUGCUUUGACCCCUAGAGGUCCAUUCAGUUUUGCAUCUUGUUAGGUGAUUUGACUAGUGCUGAAGAUGAUUUCCUCAUUGAAAAUGAUUAAGAUGCGUGAUGUACACCGAUUAAAGAAUAUAUAGGAAUGUUCAUGUGUUAAAUCAUUUGGUUCCAUUAAUUUUGUUUCAGUUCAAGUCA